AACAAUUUUUAAUGCCCCUCGGUCAAACACAAACAUGGCUGGGUCAGAGCUGUUAAAAACAUUGCUGUAUACUAUAAACAACGUACUUCAGCAAGAGAAGUAUAGAGCUGCUCUAGCAGUGGUGAAGGGAUUCAGAAAUGGAGCCGUGUAUGGGGCAAAAAUCCGGGCACCUCAUGCCCUUGUCAUGACAUUUUUGUUCAGAAGUGGGAGCUUGAAGGACAAGCUGAAAGCCAUUUUCAAAGCCACAUACACACACUCGAGGAAUCUCGCCUACUUCGUCUUUGUUUACAAAGGGCUUCAGGCCCUCCAGCAGAAGAUGCAGGGAAAGACCCUUCAAUCUCAGUCUUUCCUUGCUGCGUGCCUUGGGGGUUGGCUUGUGUUUGGAGAGAACAACAACAUUAAUAGUCAGAUAAACAUGUACUUACUAUCCAGGAUCCUGUUUGCUCUGUCUCGCCUGGCUGUGGAGAAGGGCAUCAUCCCCCAGCCAAAGAGCGACCCUUUCCCCAUGUUCGCCACGCUGGUGUGGGGCAUUGUGCUGUGGCUGUUCGAGUACUACCCUCACACCCUUCAGCCAUCCCUGCAGUCCUCCAUGAACUACCUCUACCACGACAGCAACGUGUGGCACGACGUCACAGACUUCGUUAUCUAUAACAAGCCCAAAGCCGCGGCAGCCAAUUGAAACAACAACAUUGUGUCCAUUAGUUCUGGGACUUAAGAUUACAAUACAGUUGGCCAGGAAAAAAUCCCUUGCCAGUAGUUGGCCUCCAACACAAGUUUAUUUUUCUUUUUGUUUUUUUAAAUAUCAGGGCUGCAGGGCUGGAUUAAGAUGGCCUGGAGCCCCUAGGCUAGGCGUUGUUGUGGGGCCCCCCAGAAGUCAAAUUUUGAGACAAAUUUACAUAGACUAAUUACGAGCUAGGAAUUAAGGAUAACUUGUCUACCAACUGUACUCAGUUAGACGCAUGAUUUUUUUCAACAUUGUAUCCGGUCACAAUUCCGCAAUUUUUAACUUUGUCCAAUCAAGGGCCAUCUGGCAGGUGGGGGGCCCCUAGGCUGCAGCCAUAUCUAGCCUGUGCAUUAAUCCGGCCCUGCAGGGCUGUCAUACAUGGCUACACUGGAGGGCCAUGUCAGAACAAGUGAGUGUGCCUCAUGCCACUUGGCUGCUGCGCGAAUGAAUGGAAGGAUGGGUGCGCGUGCAACGCGUAAUGAGCCCUUCUCUCCUCAUAGGAAAUGAUUUAGCGUUGUAAUGAUUACGGGGCACUCCAUGAUGUCAAAGCUGCACUUGAUCUCCCCCAUGUAGUAGUAGGCUUCAUCAUCACUACAGUUGAGUAGGAGUCGGCUGUGAAGAAUUAAUUAUAGGUUGUGUGUGAGCUUUGCCACUUCACAGUGUUUUAUAGGAAGUUGAAGCACGGCACCAUCUUCUAUGUAAAUGAAGUAGUGUAAAUGCAGAAAAUUCAGUCUAUGUAUUAAAAUAAGAAAAUGUAUUUCAUAUUCCGGCAAUAUCUCUGUGUGACCAUUGUACUUGUGAAAUUCAGGAUAUAUUCGCCAGUGAGGAGAAAUGUUUUAAUGAAAACACGAACAAACCCUCAGCCGGGCUUAAGUGGUUCUGACCACUUGGUAAUGAUGUCUGGACGGUGUGCUUGAUCCAUUGGGGCCAUGCUAAUGAUGCUGAUUGAAUCACUCAUGAUGGUAAUGAAGGUCUUUUGGACAAAAGUAUUGAUUUGAGCCAGACAACAAUCAGUUCAGGCUUUCUACUCCACUGAGGGGCUGAAUGAAGUUCAAUCAGAAGUGCUGUGCAACUGUUGAACUUAAUUAGGUCCUUUAGAAGUCUGUGUGCCUAUCCAGUUUCAACAGCACAGUGCAGACUAGAAUGGGUAGUCUAUACCCAGAGGAACACUGAUCGAUCGUAGGAACAUUUAAAUAGGCCUUAUUUGCACCGAAGUGUGAAGUUAAUGGAACUUCUGAGAACUGUUUACCCUUCCUAUCAGAGUCCAUAACGUUUUGCCAUAUAUAAUCUGUAUAAUUUUGCUGUGGACCAUCCACGCGUGGUUUUUCGAGUAACGUUAAUUAAAUAGUUUUUGAAAUAUUUACUUUUUAUUACACUGUCUGUACUGUUUCUUAUUUUCUACAAAUUCACUGUAUGACUGACGGUUGGAUUAAAAGUCAUGUCCAUGU